AUGGGUCAGGAGAGAAGUAAAGUAGAUGUGUUGGAGCUUCAUUCAUUUUUAACAGCACAGCAUAUUUGUGUGAUGUAUUCCAUCACUAUCCCCUCUACACUACUCCUGGAGUCCAGGAUAAUACCAUACUGUAAAUACCAUUACUGUAACCCUGACAAACACACUCAAAUGCACAUACUGUGCAUACAUACAAGCACGUACGCACACACACACACACACACACACACACACACACACACACACACACACACACGCACACACACACACACACACACACACACACACACACACACACACACACACACACACACACACACACACACACACACACACACACACACACACACACACACACACACACACACACACACACACUGACACUGUACAAGUCACAGUAUGACUUGUGUGUUGUGUGAGAGGAAGCCAGGCAUAUGGUGUCUGUCUGCAGAGCCUCUUGAGUCAGCAGUUUGAGGGGACAUGGGUAACCAAUAAUCCCCCUUGGCUGACAAUGCGGUGCAGGCCAUGGUGAAGAGACCCAACAGGUGGCCUGAUCCCACACUGGGCCAGGCUGGACAAAAACACAUGCACACGCACUCUCUCGCUCGCUCUCUCACUCUCUCUCUCUCUCUCUCUCUCUCUCUCUCUCCCUCUCUCUCUCUCUCUCUCUCUCUCUCUCUCUCUCUCUCUCUCUCUCUUUCUCUCUCUCUGUCUCUCUCUCUCUCCCUCCCUCUUUCUUUCUUUCUCUCUCUUUCACACUCACCGACAUACCGUACAUGCAUUCAUACACAUGGAUGCACACAAAUCAUGAUGGCUGGAGCAGCAUUUCAAUCGGAUACUAUCUCUGUCAUGGGCCGACUCAGAGAACACACCAGAGACCCAUGCCACAAGCAAGGGCUUCUCACUGAUUUGCACCGACCUGAUUUCACAGUGUAAUAGCAGCAUAUCACAUUUUAGAGAAUGAACACUGCAUUCUAACUACUGCACCUGCACAACAAUCAAUGGCUUAUUCUGACCUAGUCUGCCACAUUCUGGUAAAUCGAUGAGCAGCCUUGUAAAAUGAAUGGCGCACAUAAAGGUCAUAUGUUUCGUUUGUAAGGAAGCUCUCUCCAUUUAACACCAAAUCAAAUUGCCACGCUACAGAGAUUUAUGAAAAUGAAACAGUAUGAAAAUGUAUGCACUCACUAACUGUAAGUCGCUCUGGAUAAGAGCAUCUGCUAAAUAACUCAAAUGUAAAUGUAAGAUUUAUAUUCAUUUAUAGAGAUGGGUUUUCAUGGCUAAGUCAAAAGAUCACAGAGACAACACAUUCCACACAAGACAUUAGAUUAAUUUGACACUGUGCACCAUAUGGUUUAGUAUGGUACAGUACAGUAGAGUACUGUCAAAGUCUAGCUAUUUACCUGACAAAAACUUGUCUCAGUGCAGUUUAAUCACAAACCAACCCAUCACUUGGUCUUUAUGGUUGGUUCAGCAUCAUGCCACCAACCUAUCUUUUGUUAUUUUCUUCCAGCGCGAUCCUCCACCACAACCAUGGUCAUAGAGAGCAAAAACGGGGAGGCAGGACAGCCCCUAGUCAGGGUGUCUAAGAGGACCGUGACUGACGACCUGUACACCACCUUCAGUUCCCCCAUGGCCUGGAUCCUGGUCCUAGCCCUGGUCGUCACCUGGUCCUGCGUGGCCAUCAUCAUGUUUGACCUGAUGGACUACAAGGGCCUCACAGGUAGGUCCUGAACCUGUCCCCCUACUGCUCCUACCCAUCAUGCAUUGGGAUGCUACUUCUAGGUCUGUGUUAGGUUAAAGUUUAGACUUCCUCUUUGCAUUGGGAUUCUACCUUAUACCUCAAAGGCCUCUGUAGGUUAGAGCUAGACUUCCUCUUUCCUUUGUUUGUACUCAUUAGGAUGAAAAGGGGCUAUUGCUGCUCAGUAGUUUAUGUGAUGCAUCAUGCAUUGAGUAAUCAUCCAUCUUGGUCAUUUAGGCUCUGGUUUUUAAUGAUGUGGAUAUAGAUUUGGUCCCAUUAUAAACAGCCCCUCUGCUCAGGUUUGUUCAUUAAUUUAGCCUUAACAUUUAGCCUGGGUGAAACAAGGUCAUGGAUAAUGGCUUAAACAGCCGAUGAGGGAUUCAGUGAGCUCAGGGAGCUUGAUAAGGCCCAGUAGCUUGUUGUUUCCAGGCUGGCACUACUUUAUCUGGAGUGCCACUGCCCUACCAACGGUGUGUGGGCUCUCAGGGUAGCCGGGAGCUCAUUGGCUGGGUACUGAUAGGACCGACAGCAACAAAGUCAGAUAGGGUGUAGCAUUGCAGUUUACUGGGCCUGGGAACUAUCAGCAGCAGUUGUGUUCGGUUAAGGUUAACAGUUAUCUGAGAGAGGGUGGGCAGAAAUAGCCAUGCCCCUGUCCCAGUCAAACAGCUUUGAGUGAAAUAGCUUACUUUUGGAUGAGUCAAAAUAUGUACUGGUAGAUUCGUUUUGAGAUGCAUCGCUUCAGUCAGUAGGGAUGUUAUUGUAUCACAGACUUAUAAUUAAAUAGUUCAUUACAACUGUUGCAGACGUAAUGAUUACAUUCUCUGUAGAGUUAAUGUAUAAUGUAUUCUUGUAUUCUUCAAAGUUGUUUUCAGUGUGGUUUUGUGGUUUAACAAUAAAGUUUGACAAUGACCAUUUUCAUUGUUUGAGAGUUUGCUGUUUGCUGAUGUGGAUCAGUAUUUGAGAGAAAUUGUCAUUGUGUACAUGGAUUGUUUUAUCCAUUUUCAUAUUUUCAUGUCAUAUGCCAUUCACAUUUCAUUUGCACAUACAUUUCUUAAGCAAACUUCAAAAGUGGGCACCAUUGUCACGUAGAUCUGUUUAACUCACAAAACAGUAGUUGAAGGCUGACAUUCUGGGGGCUGUGAGUCUAGUCUACCCACCCCAAGUCAUUCAGCCUUCACAGAUAUCACACCCUUUAGUUUCUCACUAGAGUGCCACAGCUACGUUCAUUCUCAUUUCUAAUCUAGUUUCCUCCUCCUCUUUUCACCCUGUCCAUCCCCACGUUUUCCAAUUGCCAUCCAAUAAAAAUAUCAUACAUUAUACUGUUUGCCACCUGGUCAAGACUCUCUCACUGCAGUCUGCUGCUCUUGCCCGUCUCUUGCUUCCGCUCUGCUACUAACAACCUGCAUGCUUUAAUUGCUGAUAGGCAGCAAUUGUCACACACUCCAGUCAGUGUUGUGGUGGCUGCAUGCUACGCAUUAAUGGAUUCAUGUACACAUUGUCCAUCAAGUGUUGCCUCUGGAUCAUUCAAGUUUACACAGGUUACAUCUAGUACUCAGGUUACAUUUUCACACGAUUAUUUCAUUAUCACAGUUGAAGGAGGCUAUUUUGUGUUUAUACACAGAUACAGUAUGUCUCCAUGCUGAUGGCAACUCUGAUGCCAACCCUAACGGUACAGAUAGUCCUAAGGUCAACCAUAACCUCCCUAUAUGAAUGGUUUUGGACUAUAGCUUUCAUGAUAACUCAUUCACAGAACUGACUUAAUACUGGUUUAUGACUUGAACAGGUAUACAGCCCAUUUAGAAGUCACCUGAUGUGUCAUUAAACUACUAUUCACCAGUUUUUUGUGCGUAGUUGAACAAAACUUACCAUAAUGACGCCCUAGUGUGGCCUUUUCUGCGAUAUAGCAUGGCUUUUAUAUCAAUGUAGGUAACAUCCAUUACAAUAAAUGUCUUUGUUUGUCCAUGUGUGUGCGUGUGUGUUUUCAGUCAUUACUUGUAGUCCAGUAAAAUGUGUUUGGUGUAUGAAGCGCUCAUUUGUAAUGAAUGUGCUGUAACUGUACUAUUGCAAGUUGGCUGUAGCAUUGCCCGCAGUAGCCUACAUAGUUUAAUCAAUUAUUACAUAACCAGACAGCAUUAGAAUGUAUUGAGGCUGUAUUACAGUACAUCAUGUUUUGUGCCCAGUAAAGCUGCAUGGCCUUAGAAAAGCAACGUUUUAGAAAGCCCAAGUCCUGUGCUACCUUCCAAUGUCUGGAUAGUCCUUUAUUGUUGGUGCUAUUGGACAGAAAGCUGUAAAGAUUUCCUAAUCAUUCCAUAGAUCGUUUGAUUGGCUUCAAUAGCUCAAGCUCAACAAUAAAAUAAUUUGUUUUUUUGUGCGGCUUAAGUAAUAGAGCAAAAUAGACCACAAUUAAAGGAAAAACAACCAUUAUAUUCACCUGAAAUCACUAUAAGUAUUGACAUGUGUUUUUAAGGGCUUAUUUCCAGGAAAAAUUAUCCCAUUUAAUUGUGUGCCAAUUGCUCUCAAGCAUCCGGCCUAUGAUAACUUACAACUGUCAAUUCAGUUGACUUUCCUGUCUCAAUUUGUACACAAUUGCCUUGAUGCUAACAUCAAUAAUGGCACAUUGAGACCAUAUCAAUCUGUGUUGGUGUUGUUAACUGUGUGGUAUUAAAUAGUGACCAUGCAGAAUGUCUUUCUCUUUGAUUGAGUGUUGCUGUUGAGAAGGAGACACCAAUCUGAUGUGUUUUAAUGUUUCUAAUUUAAUAUUGUAUGUUGCAGAUAAGCCUGCAAGGAGAGAUAUAGAUUUCCUCUACAAUACAUAAUAAUGAGCAUUGAAUGUGGCCAAUACAGAUGGUCAUCUAUGGAGGAAUUACCUCCUAAACCAUUCCAUAUGCAAUCAUGGGAAGAAAUUGAAGCUGUGGCCAUUUAUACCAAAGCCUCUCAGCCUUGUCAUAAGUAUAAAAUAGUAUUUAUUAGGUGUUAGUAGUCAGACUAUAGCUACACUAUACCCUAAACCAAUUUCUUAAACAGUAGCCUUAUUAAUGAAAGCAAAGGGACUAAAUUGUGGUCACACAUCCCUAAAUUAGAUUAGGAAAGGGGGGUUAAGGUUGGUAAAGAAUAUCCCAGGGGAUACUGUAUGGCACCAGGACAACACGUGGAAUGGGAGGGUGAUAAUCAUCACACAAAACCAUGGCACCAUUGAUUAACCCUUGAAAGGAAAAAAAAGAUUAGACAAUUACUAGAAGACCAAGAAUAACAAAUAUCAAUUCUUAACACAUUUUGGUGUGAGUAUAAUUUGUACACGCACAGUAUAAUGUAAAUAUACCCAUAUCAUAUAAACCUUUUAGGAAAUAGCCAUUGAAGCCACAAUCUUUGAGGACAAUGUAUAAUUUCAUGCUGAAUCACAGUAAUACUGAAAGCAUGUCCUUGCUUUUAAGAAUCGGCUGUCAGGACAGGUAGCUAGCUCUUGGUCCCCUGUAGGAUACUGAGCGGUAUCAUCUCUCUCUGUGAAGGAUAACUGUGUCACUAGACUCCCUCUCAUAGACUGAUCCUCUCUGUUCAUUUGAACCCCUCACUGUCAGAAAGGAGACUGCCAGAAACAGUGGAAUUUAGGGGAAUAGCUAGGAGUAUCUGUCACUCAUAAUUUCAUACCAAAUAUUUAUUGUAGUGGACCCAAGUCGAUAUCAAAAAGAGUUUUAGAAUGUUUAUUUUAUUUUUGAAGACAGCGAGGAGUGACAGCAAGUGCACUUAGCAAGUGCACAUUUUUUUCAUACUAAUUUCAUCACCAUACAGUGGCUUGCGAAAGUAUUCACCCCCCUUGGCAUUUUUCCUAUUUUGUUGCCUUACAACCUGGAAUUAAAAUGGAUUUUUUGGGGGUUUGUAUCAUUUGAUUUACACAACAUGCCUACCACUUUGAAGAUGCAAAAUAUUUUUUUUGUGAAACAAACAAGAUAUAAGACAAAACAACAGAAAACUUGUGCAUGCAUAACUAUUCACCCCCCCCAAAGUCAAUACUUUGUAGAGCCACCUUUUGCAGUUAUUACAGCUGCAAGUCUCUUGGGGUAUGUCUCUAUAAGCUCGGCACAUCUAGCCACUGGGAUUUUUGCCCAUUCUUCAAGGCAAAACUGCUCUAGCUCCUUCAAGUUGGAUGGGUUCCGCUGGUGUACAGCAAUCUUUAAGUCAGUCCACAGAUUCUCAAUUGGAUUGAGGUCUGGGCUUUGACUAGGCCAUUCCAAGACAUUUUAAAUGUUUCCCCUUAAACCACUCGAGUGUUGCGUUAGGAGUAUGCUUAGGGUCAUUGUCAUGCUGGAAGGUGAACCUCUGUCCCAGUCUCAAAUCUCUGGAAGACUGAAACAGGUUUCCCUCAAGAAUUUCCCUGUAUUUAGCGCCAUCCAUCAUUCCUUCAAUUCUGACCAGUUUCCCAGUCCCUGCCGAUGAAAAACAUCCCCACAGCAUGAUGCUUCCACCACCAUGCUUCACUGUGGGGAUGGUGUUCUCUGGGUGAUGAGAGGUGUUGGGUUUGCGCCAGACAUAGCGUUUUCCUUGAUGGCCAAAAAAGCUCAAUUUUAGUCUCAUCUGACCAGAGUAUCUUCUUCCAUAGGUUUGAGGAGUCUCCCACAUGCCUUUUGGCGAACACCAAAUGUGUUUGCUUAUUCUUUUCUUUAAGCAAUGGCUUUUAUUCUGGCCAGUCUUCCGUAAAGCCCAGCUCUGUGGAGUGUACGGCUUAAAGUGGUCCUAUGGACAGAUACUCCAACCUCCGCUGUGGAGCUUUGCAGCUCCUUCAGGGUUAUAUUUGGUCUCUUUGUUGCCUCUCUGAUUAAUGCUCUCCUUGCCUGAUCCGUGAGUUUUGGUGGGCGGCCCUCUCUUGGCAGGUUUGUUGUGGUGCCAUAUUCUUUCCAUUUUAUAAUAAUGGAUUUAAUGGUGCUCCGUGGGAUGUUCAAAGUUUCUGAUAUUUUUUUAUAACCCUACCCUGAUCUGUUGACCUGUUUGGAGAGCUCCUUGGUCUUCAUGGUGCCGCUUGCUUGUUGGUGCCCCUUGCUUAGAGGUGUUGCAGACUCUGGGGCCUUUUAGAAGAGGUGUAUAUAUACUGAGAUCAUGUGACAGAUCAUGUGACACUUAGAUUGCACACAGGUGGACAUUAUUUAACUAAUUAUGUGACUUCUGGAGGUAAUUGGUUGCACCAGAUCUUAUUUAGGGGCUUCAUAGCAAAGGGGGUGAAUACAUAUGCACGCACCACUUUUCCGUUAUUUAUUUUUAGAAUUUUCUUUAACAAGUUAUUUUUUUCAUUUCACUCCACCAAUUUGAACUAUUUUGUGUAUGUCCAUUACAUGAAAUCCAUUUAAAUUACAGGUUGUAAUGCAACAAAAUAGGAAAAACGCCAAGGGGGAUGAAUACUUUUGCAAGGCACUGUAUACGCAUUCAGUACUUUCCAUUUUUGACACAUAAAGAUAUACAGUAACAGGGAAAAAUGCUAAAUUAAUUUCAACAAGGUCACAAACGAAUCGAUUUGUAAAACAAAAGGAUGUGUGCCCUAAAACAGAAUACAGUGCCUUCAGAAAGUAUUCAUAUCCCUUGACCUAUUCCACGUUUUGUUGUGUUGCAGCCUGAAUUCAAAAUGGAUUUAAUUGUUUUGUUCACCCAUCUACACACAAUACCCCAUAAUGACAAAGUGAAAACAUAUUUUUAGAACAGUUUGCAAAUUUAUUGGAAAUUAAACACAGAAAUAUCUAAUUUUCAGAAGUAUUCACACCCCUGAGUCAAUACUUUGUAGAAGCACAUUUGGCAGUGAUUACAGCUGUGAGUCUGGGUAAGUCUCUAAGAGCUUUCCACACCUGGAUUGUGCAACGUUUUCCCAUUAUUCUUUUCGAAAUUCUUCAAGCUCAGUCAAAUUGGUUGUUGAUCAUUGCUAGACAACCAUUUUCAGGUCUUGCCAUAGAUUUUCAAGCAGAUUUAAGUGAAAACUGUAACUCCGCCACUCAGGAACAUUCACUGUCUUCUUGGUAAGCAACUCCAGUGUAGAUUUGGCCUUGUGUUUUAGGUGAUUGCCCUGCUGAAAGGUGAGUUAAUCUCCAAGUGUCUGGUGGAAAGCAGAUUGAACCAGGUUUCCUUCUAGGAUUUUUGCCUGUGCUCAGCUCCAUUCCGUUUAUUUUUAUCCUGAAAAACUCCCCAGUCCUUAACGAUUACAAGCAUACCCAUAACAUGAUGCAGCCCCCACUAUGCUUGAAAAUAUGUAUUGGAAUUUUCCCCAAACAUAAUACUUUGUAUUCAGGACAAAAAGUGAGUUGCUUUGCCAAAUUUCUUGCAGUAUUACUUUAGUGCCUUGUUGCAAACAGGAUGCAUGUUUUGGAAUAUUUGUAUUCUGUACAAGCUUACUUCUUUUCACUCUGUCAAUUGGGUUAUUAUUGUGUAGUAAGUAUAAUGUUGUUGAUCCAUCCUCAGUUUUCUCCUAUCAUAGCCAUUAAACUUUCUUAAAGUCACUAGUGUCCUCAUGGUGAAAUCACUGAGUGGUUUCCUUUCUCUCCGGCAACUGAGUUAGGAAGGACACCUGUAUCUACCAAUAGGUGCCCUUUUUAGCGAGUUAUUGGAAAACCUCCCGGGUCCUUGUGGGGGAAGAAUACUUUUGCAAGGCACUGUAUGCGCAUUCAGUACUUUCCAUUUCCAGUACUUUCCAAAUCUGUGUUUGAAAUUCACUGCUCGAAUGAGGGGCUUUCAGAUAAUUGUAUGUGUGGGUUACAGAGAUGAGGUAGUCAUAAAAAAAAUCGUGUUAAACACUAUUGUUGCAACUUAGUACAUGACUUGUUAAGCUAAUUUUUACUCUUGAACUUAUUUAGUUAGGCAUGCCAUAACAAAGGGGUUGAAUAGUUAUUGACUCAAGACAUUUCAGAUUUUCAUUAGAAUUUUUUUAUUGCGAAAAACCUACUUUUUGACAUUAUGGGGUGUGUGUAGGCCAGUGACAAAACAUCUACAUUUAAUCAUAUUACAUUCAGGCUGUAACACAACAAAAUGAAGAAAAAGUCAAACAGCCAUUUAGUGGACAGCAAUUGAGUAUGACUGCAUUUUUAAUAAGAUGCAAUUUUUCACACCAUGACAUUUCAAUAAAGGGCAACACUCAGUAAAUUAAAUACAAAACCGACAUUUUGUAACAAUGAGCAGAGUGUGUUGGUUGUGAGGAAAUGUAAUUCCACUUGAUGUGCACCACACAGCCUGGGAGGCGACCAAUUGGAGUUUAACCAAGUCUAUUGUCAUGCCUCCACUGCUUUCCAUUACAGAGAGAGAGUGAGAGAGUGGGAGAGCGAGAGAGAAAGAGGGAGAGAGAGAGAGAGAGAGAGAGAGAGAGAGAGAGAGAGAGAGAGAAACCCUCCAAUAUGUUUUGGAACAAACCAAAGAGCCUUCCCGUAAUGAGAGACUUAGUUUGGAUGGUUGAUUCCAUUCCACCUCCCAAGUCCCUUGCCUUCUUUACCACUUCUUUCACGGUAAUAUGUUAUUUAUUUCUAUGUAUUUAGUUGCAGUCAUCAUUCCAGGAUUCAGUGUAGAUAAAGGACAAUGUGAGGGGUUCAAAUGCACAACCACUGAGGGAUAUUUGUUCAUUUACAUGACGUAGGUUGAAGUGCCAAUCAAGCAAAUGUCACUGAAUAAUCAGUAUUACAUUAGUAUGCUUCAAAUCAUACAAACCACAGCAGUAUGUAAUAACUGCACAUUAGCUUUUGGAACAAAUCAAUCAAGUCAAUGGGAUUAAAUAAAAAAAUUAAAACAUGUCAAGCACAACUGUUGCUAUAGCAGAUUUCAUAAAGAGUGAACGACAUAAUGUUCUCGUUAUAGUUACAGCACAGCAUUUUGCUGUUCUGUCCCGUUUUUCACUCCUAUUGCUUUAUGGGUGUUUACUUUUUGUAUGUUGAUGUGUUCUCUACACUAUGGUCAUGUCUAUCUUUGUUUCCAUUGUGAUGAACGUCUUUGUGAUGAACUUGAUUUCUUCUGUCACCAUACGGUGCUUGUGAAUCGUGAAUAAUUGGGUCUCUGUGCCAUUGGUUGUUGUGGUAAGACAGUCCGUUUCCUCCUCCCAGAACGCAUCACUCUGGAGUCUGUUCUUCUCCACAUUGAUCAUGUUCAUGUGAUGGAGACUGUUCACUGUCCCUGUUCCUGUGUCACUGCUUAUGUACCUCUCUUCCUAACAGGGGUCCCCCCACCUCCCGCUGUCAGGAAAGCAAUUAAGGAGGCAGGGAGGUCUAGAGGCAAGCCAUCAUACUAUGCUUUUAACUUUGUUGUGCUGAUUAGAGGCCUCGGAGGCCCUUACUGA